AUAAACCCUUUAACCUAUCUCUUCUUGUCACAUAGCAUAGCUUUGAACACAAAACCAAGUUAACGUUGCAAUCGCAUAAUAAUAACCAUCCGAAGUUUAUUGAGAGAAAUUUGCAAGUUUGAAAAGAAACAUGGCAUCUCAUCAACAAAACAAGCAAGAGCUUGAUGAAAGGGCAAGGCAAGGAGAGACUGUUGUUCCGGGUGGCACUGGUGGCAAGAGCCUUGAGGCCCAGCAACAUCUUGCUGAAGGAAGGAGCAGGGGAGGGAAAACAAGGAAGGAGCAGCUGGGGACAGAAGGGUACCAUGAAAUGGGACGCAAAGGUGGGUUGAGCACUAUGGACAAGUCAGGAGAAGAACGUGCUCAAGAGGAAGCCAUUGACAUCGAUGAGUCCAAGUUCAGGACUGGUAAUAACCAAGACAAGAACCAGAACAAGUGAUCAUGCAACACCCUUCACUAUCAUAUGUAGUGUGUUCUUAUGCUAGCUUAAAUGCUAGUGUCUUAGUGUUUUAGGAAAGAAUAGGUUAUAAAAAUGGUAUAGGUAGCAGCUAGGUCAAAGUGUCAUGUCAUUGUGUCGUGAAAUUAUUAGCUAGCAUGUUUAGUGUUUUAGGGUUUCUUUUGCAUGUGUGUUUCUCUUAUGGGGUGUAACUGAUGAGUGAGGCAUGGCUCUACUAUAGCUAUCUAAAAAAUAAUGCAAGCUUUUUUUUAUCUCUUGUUCGUGUAAUA